GCAAAAGCUGCCAACAUUUUGACUUCGCUGUAAAACUUCCGGCUAAAUUUCUUUUCCACGGCAACGUGUAGGGAAACUAAUCCAGGAUGACUACCACGGAUAGUAAGAAGAAGGAAGGCACUAAAACAGUGAAGAAAGAUGCUAAUAAGAAACUUCCAGCUGUACCAGAAUCAAAAUUAAAGUUUGCAAAAAAACGUACUUGUACCAAAGCAAGUCUUAUAAAAAGGAAAUUAAAAAAACGUGUUGUUAUUGCUACUAGAAAACGUGAAAACUUUUUAAGGGCGGAAAAAUAUAAUGCAGAAUAUGCAAGAGCCGAACGUCGGGAAAUCAAGUUGAGACGCAUAGCUAAAAAGAGGGGCAUGUAUUACGUUCCAGCUGAGAGCAAAUUGGCUUUUGUAAUUCGUAUUCGUGGUAUUAACAAAGUUGCACCAAAAGUUCGGAAGGUUUUACAAUUAUUCCGUUUACGUCAAAUAAAUAAUGGUGUUUUUAUUAAACUCAACAAAGCGACCAUCAAUAUGCUUCGUAUUUGUGAGCCAUACAUUACAUGGGGUUAUCCUAAUUUGAAGUCAGUGCGACAACUUAUUUACAAACGUGGUUUUGUUAAACAUAGAAAACAACGUAUCCCGAUAACUGAUAAUUUUGUUAUUGAACGAAAAAUGAGUAAAAAAUAUAACUUGCAAUGUGUUGAAGAUUUAGUUCAUGAAAUUUUCACUAUUGGACCAAACUUUAAAAAUGCUUCAAACUUUUUAUGGCCCUUCAAAUUGAAUUCUCCGACAGGAGGAUGGCGCAAGAAAAAUAACCAUUACGUUGAAGGUGGCGACUUUGGCAACCGCGAAGAUAAAAUUAACAGACUUAUUCGACGAAUGGUGUAAAUUAAAUACUUAAAUAUUGAUUUACCUAAUUUUAAAGAAAAAUAAUAAAAAUAAAAAAUAAAUUUACUAGUUUUAUUUAAAAA